CUUAAUAAUACAAGAUUUCAAGAAGUCAUUGAUGUAUUUAAAAUAUUAGAAAACUUAGAACCUGUUAUUGAAGCUAUUGAUGAGUCUUAUAUUCCUAUUAUGCUACCUGUAGAUUUUUCUACAGCUUAUAUUAAUUAUAAAGAAUUUUAUAGUAUUGUUUUACUUAAAAUUGUUAAUUAUAAAAAAAGAUUUACUUAUAUUUAUAUUGGAGAACCUGGAAAUGUUUAUGAUUCUAGAGUUUUUCAAAAAUCACAAUUUUGA